UUGAAUCUUUGGAUGUGGUUAUUUUUGUGUAAUGUCUGUUGAUUAAUUUAUAUUUUGUAUUAUGAAUUAUAAAAGAGAGUUCAAUUAAAGUUAGCCAUUCCUUGAUUUCGUCAGAGUGCAUGCAGUAAGAAUCAGUCGUUGGUAAUGAUGAACGUUCUCCGCACCAUGUUCGGGGUGUGCAGCAGUUCCGCAGAGAAGGGGGAGGUCCACGACACGGUGCGAAGGGUCUUCGGCAACGACAUGGUGCUUAAGGACAACACCGAUAGGCAUACCCAAAGAAGCAAAUACGUGAGCCACAUAAGAGAAAACCUCCCGAAGAUGCUUGAAACUAAGGCGAUCUCUCACACUCCGAAAAAGUCUGGGAAGAAACACAGUGUCACUCCUAUAGCUGCUGAGACGCCCGAGACCGAUGACAGACCUGGCCGGGUCGGUCCUAAGAUCGUGGUCUUCGAUGCUACUACUGGAACUGGACGACUGGUUUUGGUUGGAGACGAGAGAGUCAGCGUCCAGGGACUGUCGAGUUUUGCGACUAUAAGAGCGACAGCUUGUGUCUUUGCUGGCAGGUGGAUGUAUGAGGUUCAGUUGGGGACAAAAGGGAUAAUGCAGAUCGGCUGGUGCACAGCACACUGCAUGUUCUCCAUGGACACCGGCGUCGGCGAUACGUCCAACUCGUAUGCUUACGAUGGCGGCAGGGUGCGAAGGUGGAACGUCGCUACUUCACCAUACGGCCAGGCGUGGCUGCCUGGUGACGUCAUAGGAUCCUGCAUCGAUUUGGACAAGGGCACUCUAGAAUAUUACAGGAAUGGUAUAUCCAUGGGUGUGGCGUUCGACAAGGUGGCCCAUGGGUCAGGAGUUGCGUACUUCCCAGCUGUCUCGUUGGCCAUGCAGGAGCACCUCUAUGCUAACUUCGGGCACGUUCCCUUUGUAUUUCCUGUGGAAGCAUACAAUCCACUCCAAGCUGCGCCGUACAAGGAAUGCGCGCGUACUGCCCUGCUGUUUAAAUACGUGGACUCGUUGCUCGAAGAGUUGGCCCACUUGUCUGAUCUGAAGCCCCCUGCGGUCACCACGAAAAGUAGUAAAACUAAAUCGGAGUCUUCAAAGACUGCAGAAGAAGAAGUGGCUCUUCGCAUCCACAGUAACGAAGCGUACAGUCCCCGAGCGUCGCCACACGCAAUGGCUAAUACGCAGAAUGCACAAAAUCCACCGAAUGCACAAAACGCACAGAAUACUGAGGUGAAGAAGAUGUCAAAAAAGGCAUUCCUGACAUCCUUAGCUCGGAUAGUGGUGGUGGAACUGGGCAACACACUACGCCUGUCAUACGUGGUGGUGUCCGAGCUGCUUCCGAGAUUCAGGGCACAUCUCGGCCUCAGGACCAGGGGCUUCAGUCCUGACCAGCACUCGCUCGACUUCUAUACGAAGUGCAUUGUCGAUAAUUUUAACGACUUAUCGAGCAAGUUCCUGGCCCAGCCUCAACCCCGCUUGUGUACACUUUUGGAUUUGCUGUGGACAUUCCUGGACGAGUCUGCUGUGUGUGACAUGUUGGAGCACUGCGUCGUAAGGGAGUGCCUCAUGUUUGACGUCGUGUCUCCUGAUAUGAAUUUUACUCAGCAAAUCGAAGGAGUAUACGUAUUGUCUGGACUGAUGCAACACCGAGACACCAGGCACCACUUAGUCAAAUAUGUCUUCUUCAAUAAAAUCACGUUCGACAACUUUCUAAACGUGAAGUGUCCAGACGACAGUGUCCUCCGCACCGUAAUCAGGAAGCCGUGGUGGCAGCGACCCACUGCCGUGCACGGGGAGACUGACCCUAGAAUUGCUGAGAUGACAGAGAAGGGAACAAUAAAGAAGUCACCAUUCGCCCCUACGAUGACAGAUAAGAUUUCUAAAAUACUGCCAGCGCCAGAUGACUCCACCAUCGAAGCUCAAUAUAGGGAGGAUUGCGAAAAAAUCACCAAGGCUAUCGAACCUUUGGAGCAUAUCCAAUUGGAGUUUCUCUUAAUGCUGUUAGACAACUCUGAUGGGACGAACAUGGUGCCUUCCACUCGGAAGAUCUUUCUCGAGAAGUUCAAGAGGUACAUCAUGGACAACUGCAUUUUGGAUAUGAGGCUAUUCAACAUCUCCCGCAAUUCUCCCGCCAUCUCCUGGUGCUGCCACGCGCGUUUACUGACCGCUGUCCUCAAACUCUUCGCAGAACACCCCAUUGGGAACCCCCACGUUGCACCACACCUCCCUCCGAGAACCUUCAUCGAUGGAGAGUUGGACUUCUACAACGUGGACCGACUAGGCGGUGUCUUGCCAUUUUUAGUUCGGACUUUACGACAGGACCUGAUUAGCGUACUGGGGGAGGACAACCCCUUCAUCCAGAGCUUUGAGCCCAGCUACAACAGGGCUGGUGGCAUUGAUACUGGUACCUUUUCAGGAGUGAGCGACAUGGCGGCUGGGUCCCCGGGGCUGGCGACCUUACCUCAAGUUAUAUCAUCUAUGGCUCGUUUCAUGCACCCGCAAAUGCCUCCGAUGCCUAACAGGUCGACAGGUGAAACAGCUCUUGCAUUGAAAGGAGCACGCUCAAUGAUGCCUGGAGCCGGCGCUAUUGAUGUCAGAUCAGCACACUUACGUCUUCUAGACGGCCUUCUGGCUCUGUACCACGGUGCUGCGAUCAAACAUGCCGAGAAGCUAUGCGAGCUGAGGGACAACCAGCUAGAUAUGGCGGAUUGCCUGCAUGACAUCGAGUACCGCAUUUACACCGUGACUGCUGAAAUGAAACAUGAUAAAGAUACAAAAAAAGAGCUGACAGAACAAGAUUUAGUAAAGAAAAAACUUAUGGAGAAGAUAUUAAGUGAACUGGAGAGGUCGAAGGCAAUUUAUGAGGAAAAGCUAGAAGCAAGUGCCCUGAAUAUGGGCUGGGUGAUCGGUGCAAUCUGGACGAAGCAGAGGCAGAUGGAGUUGGCCAAGCAUUUCGCUGGUGCCCUCCACUCCCUGAGACUUGCAUCUGACAACGACUAUGCUGCUCACAUACAGGUCGCCAGUAAAGAAAUUCUGCCAGGUAAAAGUUCCCUCAUUGGUGCCAGUUACGCUUCACUUCAACUGGAAUAUACUUCCAGCUCUGACCAGAGUCCACAAAGUCCAACUUCGAGAGCAACGACCCCAAGAAUAGGCUCUAAUGCACAAUUUGGUGGCCAAAGUCAAGACUACGCAGAUUCCCUAUUUGCCUUCGUGCCGGAGUAUCACGUGGACGCCAUGCUGGAGUUGUGUAACACGCUGCGCCUGUACAUGCACCCGACUGUACCCGUUGUGCAUAUACCAGACUGGGACGAGCUGGUGGUAUCCUGCGCGUCGUUCCUCUGCGCGGAGUUUGCCGACUCCCGCAUAGUCCUCGCCAGCACGAGAGAGUCCCUGGUUCAGACGCUGGCCUCGUUCGCCACGCAGCAGGUCACAAUGAGGGCAAUUGAGAGGGUGCCGCUGAAGCAACAGAUGUCGAUGAUAGAGGAGCUGAUCAAACCAUAUCAGAACAGGGCCUGGGCGCAAUCUAACUGGGUGUUGGUGAGGUUCUGGCAUGGCUCCGGCUUCGGGUUCAGACACCGACAGUGGCCCCAUCUGGCGGCGAGAUACGGUGAUAGAGAGCCGACGGUGAAUAACUUGGGUGCAAAGGUGGACGCUGGUCUUAUGAGCCAAUGUUUUGGUCCGUGCCCAUCAGAGGUGAUCCAGAGCCGCAUCAGGGAGUACCUGGAGCUACACCCCAAGGAAGCAGCCUCUUUCCUCAACUCCCUCCUCAGCCAGCUCAACUGGGCCUUCUCUGAGUUCAUCACCAUGAUGCAAGAGAUGGACAGAGUGAGCGUGGACGCUCACUUGGAAUCACGUCAGAUCAAGUUGUGUGCAACUUGCUUCGACCUGUAUCAUGGGUUGGCGCGAGCGUUGGAGAUGUGCUUGUACCUAGCCCCUACCCUGUUGAGCAAACCUGAGGCCAGUGACAACCAAAAUGAGUUGCUGCUAGGGAGAACUUGCCAGAUGCUAAUGGCGGUGAUAUCGCGCGUGUGCGUGCGCGGCGGCGGCGGCUCCGGCUUCGCCAGGCUCGUGCAGCGGGGCCUGCCUGACACCGACCGGGUGCACUAUUACGUGGCGCUGGCGCCAGUCGCUGGCUGCCUGAUUAGGAUGCUCGAUCCUAAGUUGGCUCCUGAGCACUUAGAGAAAAUAACCAAAGCUUUGGUGACGGAGCCCCUCUUCCACCCAGACGGCCUGGAGUUCAUGCUGGGCAAAAAUAAACCCAAACAGUUCUCAUUUUACAAAUACCCAGAAGACGUGACCCACGAGGAGAUGAAAGCCCUGGAGAUAGCAGUGGACAGGCUGAAGGUUGCGCGCGACAACAUGAUCCGGUCCCGCUCCCCGGGCGGCUCCAGCGGCGCGCAGUCGGACCUGCUCUGCACCAUAUGCUACGCGCGACCGGCCGACACAGGCUUCGUGCCGUGUGGACAUCACUCCUGCAGAGCCUGUAUAAUGCAGCACCUGUUAAACAGCAAGCAGUGUUUCUUUUGCAAAGCGGAGAUAGAGUCGGUGAAGGAGAUAGAGCCGGCUGCCAAUAACUGAAACUCUCUUUCCGGUCUCUACAUAGAGUCUGGAGGCUUUCGAUUAUUUAUUCCAGUUUUUAGAAUAUUUUGCUUGUAACUCUUGUGAUUGUGAUUAGACGGUGAUUUUUCGACUUGUAAUUUUGUAUUUUAAUUCUCUCUCACUCACGUGUUCCCUGGGUUUUGGGCAUCACAACCUAUAUUCUACUUUGGAUUCAAAUGAAGAGUAUUUUUUUAAUAAUGUUUUUAAUUGAUAUCACAAUCUUUUUCUUCUUUGUUGAUCUAUGAUAUCACUAAAUAUAUCAAUAUAAAUGAUAACAUAACAUCUGUCUUUCUGUUCCACUUUUACGGCUAAACCGCCGGACCUAUUUUGAUGAAAUUUAGUAUACAUAUAUUUAUAGGCUUCGUUUCAAACAUAGGUUAUAUUAUUUGAAUAAUGUUAUCGAUAAUAAUAAAAAAUAUCGUUUGUGUUUAUGUACCAUCUUUCCC